GAUGCUGCCUGCCAGCGCAAGGAUGGAGUCGGAGGCAGAAGCGGGCGCGAGGCGGGGGCGCUCUCUCGCCCCCGCUCCCCUCGUUUCCAUGAUAAUUUGAUUCUUGGCUGAGAUGCCAGAUGGCCUCAAAUGGUGAAGAUGCCAUUGCUUGGUACCAAAAGAAGAUUGGAGCCUAUGAUCAGCAGAUAUGGGAAAAAUCUAUAGAACAGACUGAGAUGAAGGGGUUUAAGAACAACCCAAAAAGAAAGGUCACAUCCCGCGACCUGAUAGAUGUUGAUUUAAUCAGAGGUUCCACAUUUGCAGCUAAACCUGAAAUCCCUUGGACAUCACACAGGAAGGGCCUUGUUAGGGUUGUAUUCUUCCCCCUCUUCAGCCAUUGGUGGGAACAAGUGACUUCUUGGCGUAUUUUUGCAUGGCUGCUUAUGCUCUACUCUUACAAGUUUGUAGCAAUUGUGUUGUACUACAUGAUGCCAGUUGUGAGUGCAAGUGAAAUUAUUGGACCAUUGUGCCUUAUGCUACUAAUGGGAACUGUACACUGUCAAAUAGUAUCUACUCAGUUAACUAAGCCCUCAGGAAUCAAUGGAAGCAGCACUGGCCGAAGAAGGAGAAAAAUGCGCAAAUUUGUAGGAGGUGAUGGAAGUUCUACCUCUUCCAAUGACAAAAUUAUCAGAGCAGAGGAGUCUCCAGAGUUAUCAUCUCGGAUCAGCAGCUUCUUUGACUCAGUGUUGCGCAGAAGGAACAGGGAGGGAACGAAAAGGGCAAAACGAGUAACUGAUAAAGAGAUCGAUACAGAACAUAGCAGUGGUACUAAGCGGAAGAUUUCCAGAUCUGAGCAUAGUUUGCAACGAUCCGACGAGUCUGAAUCAGUAUUAGAUGUAGAAAAAAAACAGAUUAGUACCAGACGCUCUGGAAUCUCUGAUGAGCUGUCAAGUGAGGAGGAAGCAGAGACAGCGAGUCAGAGAAUUUUGCUGCGCAGAUGUGUAGAAGGUAGAUCUAAUGUCAAUGAAAAAGAAAACCAGAGGAUGAGAUCUUCUGUUGUUUCUGUGUCAGUUCCCACCAACCAGUCAGUAUCACAGGUCAAAGAGGUUGUGAAAUCUAUGCAAGAUUCUGACAGCAUAGCCGAAUCGGAACUUGAAACGACAGUUCAUGAGGAGUCUAACCCCAUUUAUAGUAGUGGAUCUAGGAGUGGCAGUGUAUCCCACAGAGAUUCGGAAAGCACUCGCCAUGACUCUGAGACAGAGGAUAUGCUGUGGGAUGACCUGCUUCAUGGGCCUGAGUGUCGCUCUUCUUACACCAGUGACAGUGAGGAAGCUAAAGGAAAAGAUGCAAAGGGAAGCAAAAAAGACCUGAAGGAUGAUGUUUUCCAGCAGAAUCAUUUAUUCUGGCUGCAGAAUACAAGUCCUGCCUCUACGAAAGUGAGUGCUCUCAUUUGGGAGGGGAAUGAGUGCAAGAAGGUGGACAUGUCUGUGCUGGAGAUCAGUGGAGUAAUCAUGAGCAGGGUCAAUGCUUAUCAACAAGGAGCUGGUUAUCAGUGGCUGGGAAAUAUUGUUACAGUUGGUUUAGCCUUCCUUCCUUUCCUUUAUCGACUCUUCCACUCAAAGACACUGGAACAGUUGUGGUUCCUUUCUAUAAAAGAACUUUUAUAUAUCUUUUGUGGGGCUCCCACAACCCCCCCUGUUCUUAUCCUUGCCACCAUCAUCUUCCUUGAACGCCUCUGCCUCACCUGGAUGUUUUUCUUCAUGAUGUGCGUUGCCGAGAGGACGUAUAAACAGCGAUUUUUGUUUGCUAAACUUUUUAGCCAUAUUACAUCUGCUCGGAAGGCAAGAAAGUAUGAAAUCCCUCAUUUCAGGCUCAAGAAAGUGGAAAAUAUUAAGAUAUGGCUAUCACUUCGCUCCUACCUAAAGAGGCGAGGCCCACAACGGUCUGUUGAUGUGGUUGUAUCUUCCAUCUUCUUACUGGCUCUUUCUAUUGCUUUCAUAUGCUGUGCACAGGUUUUAAAAGGUCACAAGACAUUCUUGAAUGCUGCUUACAACUGGGAAUUCCUAAUCUGGGAAACAGCCUUGCUCCUCUUCUUGUUGCGUUUGGCAUCCCUAGGCUCUGAAACAAACAAGAAAUAUAGUAAUAUUUCAAUUCUGCUCACUGAGCAGAUUAAUUUGUAUCUAAAAAUGGAAAAAAAGCCAAACAAAAAAGAACAGCUCACACUGGUGAACAAUGUCCUAAAACUUUCUACAAAACUCCUGAAGGAGUUAGACACACCAUUUAGACUGUAUGGUUUGACAAUGAAUCCUUUAAUCUACAACAUAACUCGUGUGGUGAUCUUGUCUGCAGUCUCUGGUGUCAUAAGUGAUCUGCUGGGAUUCAAUAUCAGACUGUGGAAAAUCAAACCAUAACAAAGAAAAGAGAAGCUAAAUUCCCCUUUCCGGGGCACAAGAAUUGUCAGCAGUGCUACACAGAACUGGUAUGACAGUAGAAGAUGCAAUGCUUCUGUAUAAAUGAUAUAUGCUAGUCCUCAACAGCAACACAGAUCUCAUCCAUUCUUCAAACAUUCUCACAAGAGUUCAGAAUAAAUUUCUUUAUUCCAAGUAAGAUCAUGGCUUGAAGAGAUAAUGAUUAAAUAAAGCCUAAUAAAUUAGCUUUAUUAAACUAAAGUCUCUUAAUGAGACAAAUCUGCAACUCUACUGUAGUAGUAUGAAAUUUUGUUCAGCAACAGUUUGUUAAACAACAAAAGCCAUGUUUUUUUCUGGUUUAUUAUAGUCCUGUCUAGCUGUCUGAGAAAAUUAAGGCUUGCUACAAGCAGGUUGAGUAGCAAAGUCUUUUAAUGAGGUGGCAGAGCGAUUUGGUAUGCACUUUCUGAGUUUAGACAGGUAGUUGUUUCUGCCACAAUCAUCUUUUUGGAAGUUGCUGUUGACCUACUUUAAAUUUCUCCAAGUGUCGGUGAUGAAAAGAUUUUUCUUGAAUGGCACCAGGAUUAGCAUCAGUUGAUUUAAAAGAGGAGAAAAAUGAAGUCUAUCCCCACAAGCUAAGGAUAUCCUCUUCAGGCAUUUGGCAGUUGAGGCUUCAGUUGCUUAGUAACGCACAAACAGCACCAGAAGGUGGCUUACAUUAUGCCUGCCACACACCAGGAGAUGAUAGGAUUUUUUUUGUAAUUAGCAUUCUCCAAAUAACUCAUGUGAACUCAGACUAGUCUGAACAAGCAAAGCAGUCUCUCCAUGAAAGAAUAGUGAUGUUUAUAUGCUACCACAGUGAGUGAGCAGAUGUUUUACACUAUUAGAGAGUGAAUUAGAAAGCCAAAUUUCUGCUGGGAUACAUUACACCACCCACUGAUGGCAGUUAGCCCUGUGGAUACUGAGUUGGUCCUGCAGGUUUCCCCACUACAGCGAUCUCUUGAUGAAGCACUUUGCACACAGCCCUUCAGAUGUAGUACAAGUAGUAGGACUAUGUGCAUGUGAUGCUGCCCUAGAGUUGUAUUCCCCAUAGAUGAAAAUAGUAUUUGUUGCUGAACACUUUAUAUUUCAAACAGAUGGCAGCUUCUAAAUGUGUAUGCAGUGAGUAAACUCGCAAGUACCUACCAAGGUCAUAAAAGAAAUGUGUAAAAUAGUACCUUGGAGAUAGUUGAAGUGUCCAUGAACGGUUGGUUACUAUUCUCUAUGGAUGCAAUGGUUUUAACAGUUUCUCUAAACAGUGCACUUGUGUUUUUAAAAUAUUCUUUAUAUAAAAUUUCUAAAAGUAUACAAUAUUUUAUAUAAAAUUACUGUUUGUGUAUUUGCAGAUUGAUGGAGGAACAUAUGACAGUAUUUAAAUGUUAGUAAUGUGAAUGAAUAAAAACAGUC